AUGGGGUCGGACAAUCUCACUGCUACUGCCGAUUUCAUCUUGGUGGGACUCACCAAUGACCGUAAGACACAGAUUCUGCUGUUUGGGAUAAUCCUCAUCCUCUACACAUUUAUCCUUGUGGGGAACCUGUGGGUCAUCAUGCUGGCACAGGUGGACUCCCACCUCCACACACCCAUGUAUUUCUUCCUCACUCACCUCUCGAGCCUGGAUAUUUGUUAUGCCACUAGUACCAUUCCCCAGAUGCUGGCUCACCUUCUAAUGGGUCGUGGAAGAUUGUCCUUAAUCCAGUGUGCAUUACAGAUGUACACAGCUCUGGCUCUGGGUUCUGCUGAAGCCCUUCUGCUGGGUGUCAUGGCCUACGAUCGUUAUUUGGCCAUCUGCCAUCCUCUGACCUAUGCCGCAUCCAUGGGAAGGUGGCACCAGGUACAACUGGCUUCAGCCUGUUGGGGAGGUGGCUUUUGUGUCUCAGUAGUAUGUAUCAGCUUAACCUUCAGCCACCCUUACUGCGAUCCCUGCUGCAUCAACCACUUUAUCUGUGAGAUACCGAUGGUGCUGAAACUAGCAUGCGACGACAUCCACACCACAAAAGCCAUCAUUUUUCUGAUUUCGGGGAUGAUCAUCCUGGUUACCUUUUCAGUCAUCAUGAUAUCCUAUGGGCUCAUUUUGUUCUCGGUGUUCCAAAUGCACUCAGCCAGUGGACUGCGCAAGGCCUUCUCGACAUGUGGGUCCCAUUUAUCAGUAGUCAUCCUGUUCUAUGGCACAACCACCCUUAACUAUAUUCUACCCCCAUCAGGAAGAUCCCCUGAUAGUGACAAACAAAUUGCAGUGUUGUAUGUUGUGGUCACUCCUCUCUUGAACCCCAUCAUUUACACUCUACGAAACAAAGAUGUCUUUGCAGCAAUGGCCAAGGUGCUGCGAAAGAUUGGGCUUUGCCUCAAAACGUUGAAAGCUAGUAUUGGCCCAAAGGGUCAUCAGUUGGAAUUAUGA